AUGGAAUUGUCAGGGCCAUUGGUUCCCCAACUUGGAAAUUUGCCGAACCUACAGUAUUUAGAGGUAUACAAUAAUACGAUAAAUGGGACUAUACCAUCGGCGCUUGGAAAUCUUAUUCAGUUGGUCAGCUUGGACCUUUACGACAACCAUCUCACUGGCGAUAUUCCACCGGAGUUAAGAAAACUGAAGAAUUUUAGAUUCCUUCGCUUAUAUGAUAAUGCGGGUUUAUCAGGCAUCGUACCUGAGGACCUGGCGUGUAGCCAAAACCUUAAAGUUGUGGAAGUAACCGAGGGAACCAGUGUGACCCUCCCUACAUGCCCUUAA